AUGGGAGCGUACAAGUAUAUGCAAGAAAUUUGGCGUAAGAAGCAGUCUGAUGUUAUGCGCUACCUUCUACGUAUUCGUUGUUGGCAAUACCGGCAAUUGACUGCAAUCCACCGUGUUCCUCGUCCAACACGUCCGGAGAAGGCUCGUCGACUUGGAUACAAAGCUAAACAAGGAUAUGUCAUUUACCGUGUUCGUGUCCGUAGAGGAGGUCGUAAGCGUCAAGUCACUAAAGGACAAACAUACGGAAAGCCGAAAACCCACGGAGUCAAUAAAUUGAAGAAUGCUAGAAGCCACCAAGCAAUUGCUGAGGCGCGUGUUGGACGUCGUUGUGGUUCUCUCCGCGUAUUAAACUCUUAUUGGGUUGGCCAGGAUUCAACAUACAAAUUUUAUGAAGUCAUUCUGAUAGAUCCGUCACACAAGGUCAUUCGCCGCAAUCCUGACACCCAAUGGAUUACAAAACCGGUGCACAAACAUCGUGAACAACGUGGACUUACAUCUGCUGGGCGUAAGAGUCGUGGUCUUGGAAAGGGCAAGAAUUAUAAUAAGACAAUCGGCGGAUCUCGUCGCAAAUGCUGGAAGCGUAGAAACACGAUUGAAUUCCAUCGAAAACGUUAA